UGAUUGUCACCCGUUUUCUCGUUGAUUUAUUCCACUAUAUUAGACGUUAACGUAAACAAAUAAAAAUAUACAUUCAGUGUGCAAUCGUGAUCAGCGGCGAGAGCGCGUCCGCAGCUUUCGAUAAUUACAAAUCCGUUCGGGACGUGAACAGUUUUUAAAGAGUCAGAUACACAUUUACAUAGAAAUGCGCCUGAUAAUAUUAGAGGAUGCGUCGGUGGUGGCGGAUUGGGCGGCACGGUUCGUGAUGCAGCGCAUCAAGGAAUUCGCCCCCGGCCCGGGACGGCGAUUCGUGUUGGGGCUGCCCACGGGCGGCACGCCUCUCGGGAUGUACCGACGACUAAUCGACUUCUAUCGCGAAGGUCGUCUCUCCUUCGAGCACGUGACCACCUUCAACAUGGACGAGUACGUGGGGCUGCCGCGCGACCACCCCGAAUCCUACCACCACUACAUGUACAACGAGUUCUUUAAGCACGUGGACAUAGCGCCGGAACACGCGCACGUGCUAAACGGCAACGCGUCCGACUUGGCGGCCGAGUGCGCGCGCUUCGAGCGCCUCAUCAAAGAGGCGGGCGGCGUGCACCUGUUCGUGGGCGGCAUCGGGCCCGACGGACACAUCGCCUUUAACGAGCCCGGCUCCUCUCUCGUGUCGCGCACGCGCGUCAAGACGCUCGCCUACGAUACGCUCGAGGCCAACAAGCGCUUCUUCGACAACGACAUCUCCAAGGUGCCUUCGAAGGCGCUCACGGUGGGCGUCGGCACGGUGAUGGACGCGCAGGAGGUGAUGAUACUGAUCACGGGAGCUCACAAGGCGCCGGCGCUGUCCAAAGCCAUCGAGGAGGGCGUCAACCACAUGUGGACCGUGUCCGCCUUCCAGCAGCAUCCGCAAGCGCUCUUCGUGUGCGACGAGGACGCCACGCUCGAGCUACGCGUCAAGACCGUCAAAUAUUUUAAGGCGCUGAGCGAGGAGCAUCAGAAGAUGAUCGAAGAGGUGCCGGUGGAGGCGCAGCAGGUCAUCCAUUGACGCCGUCUACCUCCCGUCGCGCCGCGCUCCAGGAUAGCCUCUAUGACUUAACUUUAUCCUUAGUUUAAAAUAAUAGUUCGUACGUAAGCGGGACCGACGAGCGGAAGUCGUGCCGAGUUCAGAGCUUACUGCGAGGUAACGGUCGCUUGGCCUGUGGUUGCAGAGUCUGAUGGGGGAGCACAACAAGCUGAUCGCGGGCACGCGCUGACCUGCGCCGUCGCAACUCUAGUUCUCGUCGUACUUUUAAUAUUUUGACAUAAAUUUAUUUUUACGUA